UGUUAUCAAGCCACGUGACAUCAUGGUCAAAGCAUGACGUCUCAUAUCCGUCUGGACAGAGAAAAUGGCGGAAGUGGAUGAGUUAAGUAAACCUAUGUUUGCAGGUCUGUCAGAUGUAUCCAUAUCAGGAGACAUCCCUGUUGAGGGGGAGAUCAAUGUGCCGGUUGGAACCCCCAGUCAUGAUGAGGAAUACUCCACACUGGAUGAACCUGUCAAAGACACCAUAUUACGAGAUCUGAAAGCAGUGGGGAAAAAGUUUGUUCAUGUGAUGUAUCCUAAGAAGAGUUCAACGCUACUGAGAGACUGGGACUUGUGGGGCCCAUUAUUGCUCUGUGUGACACUGGCUCUGAUGCUGCAGGGGGGUUCAGUUGACAGUAAGGAAGAUGGAGGGCCCCAGUUUGCAGAGGUGUUUGUGAUCAUCUGGUUUGGAUCUGUCAUCAUCACACUGAACUCAAAGCUGCUGGGAGGCACCAUAUCGUUUUUCCAGAGCCUGUGUGUGCUUGGCUACUGCAUCAUGCCUCUGACUGUGGCAAUGGUUGUCUGUAGGCUGGUGCUGCUGGGUGGGUCUGGGAUGGUCAGCUUCAUUGUUCGACUAAUUGUGGUCACAGCAUCAUUCAGUUGGUCCACGUUUGCCUCUACAGCUUUCUUAGCAGAUAGCCAGCCUUCUAAUCGCAAAGCUUUGGUGGUAUAUCCCGUCUUCCUCUUUUACUUCGUUAUUGGAUGGAUGAUUCUCACGUUCUCACCGUCUGCGUAACAGUGGACUUGUCUCUAAACUGGACUUAACACAAUCCGUUUGGAAUAGAAGGAUACAAAUCAACACCAUGUAAUUUGUGGAAGAUGAGGACCAUGACGUGUUGGGGGUACUCUUGGUGUAAAACGUUGUGCAUUUUCCUUUGGUGCCACAAGGAAAAUAGUGAGAUUUGACCAAAAUGCACAGUGCUUUGCCUCUCUCUUUUUGUUUCCAUUAUUGUUAAGCUCAGCUAAGAAAUACAGUGGAGUACAAUGCAUACAAAAGAGUCAAAGUGAGGCUUUUCUGAUAUCCUUACAGGGACUAUCUACUUGAUUAACAGGCUCUCUGUGUCUCACAUGAAGAAAUUACUUCUAGUACACUAGCAGUAGUAAAGGGGACCAUGAGAUCUAUAUUCUAUGUGACAUGGUCCAUUUACCUAUAUCACUGACUAAUAUGUGAUGCCAGUGUGUAUGUAUACUGUACACUGCCUUAUGCCCCAUUUUCAACAUUUCUUAGGUUUCUGUUUUAUUUCGAUUAUUUACAAGUAGUAUUCUCAUUUAAAAAUUAAGAUUUGAUUAUCCAAGAAUAGUAAGUGGCAGUGUUGCUCAUUUUUCAUAUGAGCAACAUUUAAAAUUAUGUACAGUAGGUGGCUGUAGUUAACAUUUACUGGGGAAGGUUAUGUUAUUAUAUAUUUAUAAAUGCCCUGUUCUCUUUCAGUAAUUUAAUAUAAUUCUAUUUAAACAGAAAUGUGAAAAUAAACUGUAAUUCUCCAAAAUCUGAA